AUGUGGCGAUGGUGCCUGCGGACUGUCCAGAAUGCAGGCGGGUAUGCAGUUGACAUUGCAACGUCGCCACGACCAUACCUGUUCGCGACGUCUAGUUUUUGGAUUAGAUUGUAUGGCACAAAUUCAAAGUCCUCACAAACCUACGACGGGCCGUUACUCUCCGUAUACAAUGGCGCCAGACGUGGCCCUCUCAAUCAGGCUAUGGAAAUGGAGACCCAGCGGGCCUGGCAAGAAACAUCAUAUCGCCCAGCCAUGCGCACCAGAGCAGUAUCAGAACAUCCGGGAGCUUUAACCCAUCUACUUACCGACCGCACACUCCGCUAUGGAGGCGGACGCCGUCCCGAGCCCCAUGGGGUCACUCCAGCUCCAUCCUCGGAAGAACGCUCGCAUAACGACGUAUUGGAUGCAGGAAGGCGUGCUGGUCCUUCAAGCAAUGCAUCCUCCGCAGAUCGACUGCGUGAACUUUUGUUCCACGCCAAUCAUACCGUGAAGUCUGACGAACCGUUCGGUAUCAACCGUAUUCGCAACUUGUAUCUCUCAGCAAACACUCGCGGCCAGUUACCCUCCUUCAAACCGGGCGACUUCCAAGCUCUCGUAUGCCUCGUCGGUUCUCUGUCCGUAUCGACAUCCCGACGUCCCUAUGUCUCCGUCUACUCUCAUCCCCUCGUGACUCGUAUGUCUGCUCAUUCAUUGCGCCCACAUUGGGGUCUUCUACGACGCAUCCUCAAGGACAAAAGCUCCUUAGGGUACAGGCUGAACGUCAGCGAUCAUUACUGGCUGAUGCGAGCACAUAUUGCAGAGUUGCAGACGGCAGACAGCGGGAAAUGGGCACAUUUACAUCCAGAUGUGCACGUGCAUUAUCUAGAGGCCCUUCUGGUGAAUGGCAAUGAGGAGUUCAUCGAGAUGGCGAUCUGCAAGGCAUGCGAUCUACUUCUUUGGUACCACGACUGUCCUCCUCAACUACUCGCCGUCUUUUGGAAAGUCUUGCUCCGAACCGAUCAAGACAUUAGGCCUGAGAUGAAGCGUAAUAUCCUGCAAGUAGUUCAGCGGAGACUAUGUAGGCGUCUGUCGAUCCAGGCGUCACUCUCCAGCCAUAGUCCGACUUCUUCCAGACCGGCUGACAGUACCCGCUCAGCCUCCCAAGCGUCUGUCGUGGAGGUCCUGAUCACCUCGCUGGAACGCGCCCUUUUCACUCGAAGUAAAUCGUCGACUUCACCGCUUUUGGACUGGGCGCAAAGUGUUUUAUGUCCGUUGUUCCCACCGACAAGUGACGACGGCUCUCUCCGCACGCAGUGGACAUAUCUUAUUUUACUCGCCCUGGCGAGAGGGCUUUCGCCAAGCUCACCAAAUCUCGGUGUGCCGACUGCGCAGCUUGACACUCCGCGUAUGGCAGCCGCCGACUGGCAAGCGGUGUGUGUCCUUGCCACACUGGGACGAACAAUCGGCUCUGGAUCGGAUAUGCGUACCGCUUCCCUUUCUGAUGAAGCAGUCCACGAAGUGAGUCGUAUUCUGAACACGCUAUGGUCAAACUGGAUAUCCGCUGUCCGUGAGGUGGAACGACACAGCCACCCUGUCGCAGCCGUUGCAAUAUCUGCUGAAUUCUUUCGGCUGGCAGGAUAUCUGCGUAAUCGCGGGCUGUGUCAAGAUAUCGCUCAAUUCUGCACAUCUUAUAUGCUGUGGAGUGGGCACCUGGAGGGGGAUGAUUCGGACACGCGCCCCGCAGUCUUACGCCUGGCACAGGAAUUCCUGACAUCCUCUCUGCGAUGCAGGGUACCCACGGAUCUCGCGCUGUCCACUGUCAUGGACAACAUCUCAGAUCCCACUUUACUGUCUGAAGUCGUCAGCACAACGCUCAGCAGCUGGUCCCACAUCGAUGCCAAAGCUGCUCAUGCAUUACGUCUCCUCGCUUUUCAGCUCAACAUCGGAGUCACUAGCGAGUCUCUCACAGACUUAAACGACGCCCUGGCUGAGGAGGGAUCCGUCAAACUUGCCCUCGAUUCUCUUUCGGAGGGCCACUUCACACCCAAGCAGCAUCUCCGAAUCCUCACUAGCAUCCUGUCCGUCCUUGUGCGAGGAGGACAUCACUUCCGAAAAGCCUUUUUCAGCCCAGCCGUAGGGGACGCAAUGUUGAAGCAAUUCACGUUCAAGCCUCCUCCACAUGCCUUGCGAUCCACACUACAGAAUGUCCUGCCACUGAUGCCGCGCUUCGGCCAGUCGUCUACUGCUGUUGCAGUGCUCAAGUCUGUUACCAUCGCACGGCCCGGCUACUUCUCAGGCAGGGCAUUCGUAUUGGUUCUCGAGGCUUUGUUACGCCAUCGCCAGUUCCGUCUUGCUGUGACUGUCUACGAGCUUGCCAUUAAGUCCCGCCAGCUGGACAGUCCUUCGUCGGGAAGGGCCCUCAUCUUGCACCUUUCGCGCGUCGGCGCCCGUUCGCUUGCCUUGAAACUUGCGCAAAGUGUAGAGACGCAAUCUGCUGCAGUAUCCUUCGCACGGAAGCUUCGCUACCAAGAAGCUUCACCGGUGCCGAUGUUGACUUGCAGAGUCCCCCGCUUUCUUGAGCGCCAUGUUAAGCCCAGACACUUCGUGCACCGUGCUGUAGGAGUCCUGAUCCGUGCUCGUCGCAUGCGGGCUGCCAAGCGGAUGUACGAAAGGUUGCGAGACGCGCAGUCGGAAAGCUCGCGGACCGCCAUCGGAAACCACAUUCUGUAUAGCAGCCUUCUCGCAAAGUCGCGACGGAACGCGCGGCGCGUACGCAAGGGCCUCGAUACGCUCAACCAGCUGACGAAUAAGUUUGGCUUCGUCCCUGAUCGAGUGACCGUGAAUGUCUUGCUCGUGGGCCUGAUGCGGUGGACUUCCGUGGUGGAUCGCGAGAAGCUACGGGUGCUCUUCGAUCAUAUGGUGCGAAGCGGGUACCCCACGGGCGGCCUACACUUUCGGUCGGUGGUGCCCUUCGGCACCGCUGCACCGACUACGCAGAUGUUGAACAUCCCUGAAGUCCACUCCAGCCUUUCAUACGCUAAGCAUGUGCGGCCGCUCUACAAGAUGUUCAUCAAGGCGUUUCACCGACGAGGCGACAAAGUUGCGGUGGGCGUAGUUAUCAAGAUACUGAAGGCGGUUGAAGCGGAGGCUGUGGACCAGUCGGAACAGAGAGGACUGGCGCGAGCUGAAGGCAUUCGCAGAAAGUCUGCGCGUAAUUCGCGACGAUAG